AUGUCGAUCCCCGUGGUAACCACCAUUGAGCUCCAGUCGCUGCCCAAGCUGACCAGCGGCAAGGUCCGCGACCUGUAUGAGAUUGAUGACAAGACGCUGCUAUUCGUUACCACCGACCGCAUUUCGGCAUACGAUGUCAUCAUGGCCAAUGGUGUUCCCCAGAAGGGUGCCAUCCUCACACAGCUCACGGCUCACUGGUUCAAGGUCCUCAAGGAGCGGAUCCCAGACCUCAAGACGCACUUCAUCAGCCUCACCCCUCCUCCCUCGGUCAGCGACCAAGACAAGGCCUUGAUCCGGGGCCGUAGCAUGCAGGUCCGGAGGCUCAAGGUUUUCCCCAUCGAAGCUAUCGUCCGUGGCUAUAUUACUGGUAGCGCCUGGAACGAAUAUCAGAAGACGGGUACCGUCCACGGCAUCUCGGUGCCUGCCGGUCUCCAGCAAUGCUCUCCCUUUCCCAAGCCCCUGUACACCCCGAGCACCAAGGCCGAGCUGGGCGACCACGACGAGAACAUUUCCCCCGAAAAGGCCGCCGAAAUUGUUGGGGAAAAGUACGCGGCGCGCAUUGAGGAAUUGGCUCUCAAGGUUUACACCACCGCCGCCGAGUAUGCACGGGAGCACGGCAUUAUCAUUGCCGACACCAAGUUCGAAUUCGGCCUGGACGAGGAGACGGACGACAUUGUGCUCAUUGACGAGGUCUUGACCCCUGACUCGUCGCGCUUCUGGCCGGCCAGCGAGUACGAGGUUGGACGGGACCAGGACAGUUUCGACAAGCAGUUCCUGCGCAACUGGCUCACUAAGGAGGGCUCAAGGCCAAGGACGGCGUCGAGAUGCCUCAGGAGAUUGCCCAAGCUACGAGCGCCAGGUACAAGGAGGCUUUCAAGCUGCUUACGGGCAAGACGCUGGAGGAAGCCCUUGCUGAGCUUUAAGCGAUCUCCGAUAUGUGGUUCGUUUUGUUGGGUUUACGGUUUGCUAUUAUUGGGUCGGUAUUUUGCUAAGAAAAGGAGGUCUGGGGAAAGACUAUCAAAAGGUUCGACACUGCGGCGGAAUUACCGGAUACGCUUGAAAAGGUAUCGCGCAGAAGGCUGGGAAUGGGUAUACUAUACACAGAAACAGACGAGGCGUGCGGGUUGCACUAUCUAG